GGGGUAGCUUAGUCAUGAAUUCUUAGUAUAAAAGUUGUUGACAUGGGCAACAUUAAGGAAACAGUUAACUUUAACUAUUUUUAGUUAACUAAAUAGUGACGUUGCGCCGAGAUGUAUGUAUUAAAUUAUUUAUUCACAUACGACCAGACGAAAUAGAGAAUAGAAAUAGUAUUAGUUAAAUAAGAAUACGUGUGUAAAUAAAUACCAAUAUGCUUUAAACAACAAAAUUAUCAGUAUGAUAAAUGUGAGAUAAGACGGACUACGCUGUGUAAUUCACGUGAGAUACCUUGCUCAAGAAAGUCGUCUGUUGAUUUACUAAAAAUGGCGAUAGUGACUAUAAUUUUUUUUGUUUUCCUAUGUGUAUUUACAAGCGGAACCAACGGUGAGAACAGAGUUGCUGUAGCCCAUUUAGUAUCGGGAAAAAUUACGGGUACUAUUGUUUUUACUGAAACUUCGGAAGGUCUCCAUAUAACGGGUACUAUAACCGGAUUACCGGCCGGGAGAUACGGGUUCCAUGUUCAUGCUCUCGGAGACACGAGCACUUGUGACGCCGCCGGGCCACACUUUGAUCCUGAAGGCAACAACCAUGGAGGCCCAGAUCACAAUGUACGUCACGUUGGUGAUCUUGGAAAUGUUGUUUUUGUUGGAAACCAAGAGCCUGUAGCUACAGUCAACUUUGUGGAUAGAUUGAUAACUCUACGUGGAAAAAAUAACAUUAUUGGUCGUACGCUUGUGCUACAUGAACAAGAAGACGAUCUCGGACUGGGAGGACACGAGUUAUCCCUGACGACUGGUAAUGCUGGACCACGUGUAGCUUGCGGAGUCAUCGGUAUUAGAUCACCAGUUGUGUGGAAUUCAGCCGUGACAUCGUUUCCAUUGAUCGUAGUUUAUGUAUUGGCUGCAGUAUUUUUACUGUUCUUAAAUUAAGUUUAUUUGAUAAAUAAAUAUUUUUAACAGAUACGUUAUGU